GUGUGUGCAUGUGUUCAUCUUUGCUGAGGAGGGGCUGCAUGUGUGCAAGAAUGUGUGCGAGUGUAUUUGUGUGCAUGUGUAUAUGUGUGUGUGCACCUGUGUGUUAAACCAGCAUUGUUCCUGAUAGAGGGAAAGCUGUGCUGCGCUGUUUGGAGAAUCCAAGGUCAUUGGAGAACAGUCACAUGUGCCGUAUGUGAGCGUGCAUGUGUGAAUGAGUGUCUAUGAGUGAGUGAGUGAGUGAGUGUGUGUCUCUCUCUUCCUCUCUCUCUGGCUGUGUGACAGAGAAAGAGGCUUCAGGCAAAGAACAGUGAAUUUCAUCAGGUUUUUCAUCAAUGUACGGCGGAGAGGGUGUCACGCUGAUAUGUCAAAACACUAGCAGGCGGCCCGAUGUGUGACUCACACACCAGCUCCUCUCCCAUCCAUCCAAUCACAGCGGAAUUACCAAUUAUGAUCUUGGUAAAAGGCAGCUUGACUGUAGUUUAACAGCAGGUGUUUGUGGAUGUUGUGGGGCCCUGAGACCCCGUUAUAAGAGGCUGGUGGAUAACAUCUUUCCUGAAGACCCUGAGGAUGGUUUGGUGAAAGCAAACAUGGAGAAGCUUACAUUUUAUGCCUUGUCUGCUCCAGAAAAACUAGACCGUAUCGGCGCCUACCUGUCAGAAAGACUUUCCAGAGAUGUUGCCCGCCACAGAUAUGGGUAUGUUUGUAUUGCUAUGGAGGCUUUGGACCAGCUGCUGAUGGCCUGUCACUGUCAAAGUAUAAACCUUUUUGUUGAGAGUUUCCUCACUAUGGUGCGCAAGCUACUGGAGGCAGACAAACCCAACUUGCAGAUCCUGGGCACUAACUCAUUUGUGAAAUUUGCAAACAUCGAGGAAGACACAGCUUCAUACCAUCGCAGCUACGAUUUCUUUGUCUCACGCUUCAGUGAGAUGUGCCAUUCCAGUUACGAAGAUCCAGACGUUCGCACAAAGAUUCGUAUGGCAGGUAUCAGAGGUCUGCAGGGUGUGGUGAGGAAGACUGUCAAUGAUGAACUGCAGGCAAAUAUUUGGGACCCUCAACACAUGGACAAAAUAGUGCCAUCCCUUCUGUUCAACCUCCAGCAGGAAAAAGGCAUAGAGAGAUCUCCCUCUCCAGAGACAGAGAAGGAAAGUCCAGUGGAGCUGACUGAGAGGUGUUUCAGAGAGCUGCUGGGACGGGCAGCUUAUGGCAACAUAAAGAACGCCGUCAAACCCGUGCUCAUGCACCUUGAUAACCAUUCACUCUGGGAGGGCAAAACAUUUGCCGUUCGCUGUUUCAAAAUCAUUAUGUACUCCAUUCAGUCCCAACAUUCGCAUUUGGUGAUUCAGCAGCUGUUGGGUCACUUGGAUGCCAACAGUAAGAACUCCGCCAGAGUGCGUGCUGGGAUUGUGGAGGUGAUCUCAGAGGCAGCCGUUAUAGAGGCCAGUGGCUCCGUAGGACCGACAGUACUGGAGGUGUUUAAUACUUUACUGAAGCAGCUCAGACUCAGUGUGGACUACGAACUCACUGGAUCCUAUGACUCGUUUGGAAACAUGGGAACCAAGGUCAUUAAAGUGCACGAGGAGAGACAACUCCAAGAAUCUGUCAUCAAAACUAUUGGUUCAUUUGCAAACACGCUUCCCACCUACCAGCGCUCGGAAGUUAUGCUGUUCAUCAUUGGUAAAAUUCCUGUGCCGGGGAUGUAUCCAGCUCUGGGGUCGCCCAACACAGGGGUUGAGGGCAGUAGGAUGAUACAGAUUAUGCUGCUAAAAUCUCUGCUGCAGGUAACAGCAGGAUUCCAGUCUACGAACAUUCUGACCGCUCUGCCCACCUCAUUCCUGGACCCUCUCUUGUCCUUUACUCUGAUGGAGGACGCAGAGAUCCGGCUGCUCGUUCUUGACAUCCUCAUUAGCAUCAUUGAUCGCCAUGACAACCGCCACAAAUUCUCCCCUGUCAGAAUCGUGUCAGAUAUCGCUGUACUGAAGCUGAAAGUGGACAAGUGCUCAAGGCAGGACAAUCUCUUCAUGAAGAAACACAGCCAGAGGCUGUACCGCCACAUUUACCUGGCCUGCAAAGAGGAGAGCAGCGUCCAGUGGCACUUUGAGUCUCUUUAUACGCUGCUGGGGUUGAUCUGUGUUGAGCUGGCCAAUGAGGAGGUGGUGGUGGACCUGAUUCGACUGGCUUUGGCCUUACAGGACCUGGCCUUGACUGAAGAGGCACUUCCUUUGUACAACCGCUGUGCCAUCCACGCUCUGUCAGCUGCAUACCUGAAUCUCAUCAGCCAGCUGACCACUGUGCCCACUUUCUGCCAACAUGUCCAUGAGGUGAUUGAAUCAAGAAAGAAACUGGUCCCCUUCCUGCUGCCUGAGGAUGUGCUCGCUGAGACCUCAAAGAUCCCAGAGAAGCUGGAGAAGGUGGAGGGUGAAGUGCUGUUCAUUCAGGCUAAGAUAGCAGAGAUGCUGGGCGGCAGUGGAUACAACACAGAGAGACUGGCCACUCCAUACAUCCCACAGAUCACAGAUGAAGACAGACUAUCCAAGAGGAAAAGUAUUGGUGACACAAUUUCUCUACAGUUAGAGAUCGAGUCCGGGCACAGUCCAGAAAAAGAGCAGAGAUCCUCAGCAGAGCAGAUCACAUUUGAAACCCUUAAACAAGCCAUUGUUAGCAUAGACUCACACAUUUGUGUGUGUUCAGUAGACAGUGUGAGUGUGGAGGAGCUGGAAAGAGAGCGCAGGAGGCAGGUGGUGGAAAGGUUUCAGACCGCUCCAUUUGAGGAGAUCGCAGCACACUGUGGGGCCCGGGCUUCCCUGUUGCAGAAUAAACUCAACCAAAUCUUUGAAAUCACAAUCAGGCCUCCUCCGAGUCCGUCUGGCUCUGUCGGCAACGGCCGGAGUCAUUCUGUACCAGUCUAUGAAAUGAAGUUUCCAGACCUCUGUGUGUACUGAGAGAGCCUGGAGCCAGUCACCACAUACAGACCUGUUUUCAUCCCUACAAUCACUCCUCCUUAAUGUCCAGGUGAAACUCUGUCUUCUAAACUGUGUCCUUUAGUUUAAUACCUUAAGAUAAAGAUCAAAGCUUUACUUUAUCCAGAGGUCUUCACCAAAACAGACAACCAAACCAAGAGAAUGUACAUUGGUUAAAUAUGCACUGUAUCACUAUAAAUGACAAUGCUCACACAACUUACAAACAAUUGUGCCAUUGUCUGAGAAUACAUAGCAGAAUAGGGUUUUUAUGUUUAAUCAAAUAUCCAGUAAAUACACCAGGUUAUUGUGUAAGUCUGUUGUUCAGAGAAAGUGGUUGAUAUUCUUGUCAAAUAAAAAGUUAAACUGCCUUACAUUUUUUUUUAUCUUAAGUUAAGACUUUACAUUUGUUAUAAAAUGAUCUCGGCAUGUUUUCUGUAAAUAUGUUUUUCAAAGUGUUGAUUAAGUUGGGACAAUUUAGCUAAAUAUAUAUAUAUAGAAGUAUGUCCUUCUGCAUGUUUAAACCCACUCUACUUGCUGCAAUAAUAUUUGUAUUUAAAGCAAUAAUAAAUGAAUUGAAUAAUGCAGAUUCUUCAGAGAAAAAGCAGAAGAAAAAGUACAACAAAUAUUUUUUUGCAAACACUCAAUGCAUUAUUGCAAUCAGAACUGACAGCUGAUUAACACGCUGUGAGCAAGAGAGUCAAUUCAACAGGUCCUCUAGUGUAUUCGCAUAGUAAAGUCAUGUUCAUUCAUGGUCUAAUUACUGCAAGUUAUGCACAUUUGUACCUUGCUACCACAGGAAAUAUGAUUCUAGUGAAGGGUAAGAGAUUUUAUUUGCUUAAAAUUCUUGUGAUUUGUGUUCUUUUCUCAAAUGAGUGUUUUCCUUUCUGAACCAGAGGGAAGCAGUAAGAUUUCUUAUAGUCCCCUACUACUGGGGUCAAAGGGGGCCGAUUAGCUCUCUAUUUAUUGUUAAAUUAGCCAUGAUAUUAGUUUGUUUCUUUUGUUACUUCUAUGACUUUUCUCUCUUCAUAAAUUUAUAAAUCCUGUAAUUUUAGGAUUACGUCAAGAUUUUUGUUCUCUUGUAUUUUAUCGCAGCACUUUAAAGCUCAUAGUGUAAAUGUGGUGUAUGCUGAAAUAUGUACUUUAUGUUCUGUGAUUGUCCACCUGACAUGCGAAUGUGCUAUUGAGUGUCAUUUUAAAGUGAUUUAUCCUUCAUCAUCUCAUGUUUUUCCUCUCAAAAAAAGGUGUCCUUUUCAGUCGCCGCAUGCACUGGGUGUUUUGUCUGUUUUGUCUUUUAAUUUUGGGAUUGAAUCCUUAUUAAGAAUAUUCAAGCACUGUGGAUUGUAAUUAGUAAUGAUUAUGUCAACUUAGUCCCUGUUAUGUGUUCAGGUACCGUCAAUGCAAACUGAUAUGACUUCAGAACUGUGUUCUGUGAAUGUUUGCCUAAAUGAAACCAUUCUUAAGUGAUGUACAUAUGUGGUAUGAAUAAUAAGAAUAUCAAUUAAAGACUAAUUUUAUGAAAUCAAA